AUGUAUGUUUUUGUUAACAGAGAGUUUGAGACACUGGGAGAUUUUAAUGAAUACACAGAUAGUUCAGUGGCUGAUUCUAAAUUCACCUCUAUCAGCAGGUGGGAUUCCUCAUUAACCAAUGUAUCUGAACAAAGUUCUACUGAGAUGUUAACAGAAGGUCCUAAUGUUAUUAGAUCUAACACAGAUAGACGUGCUGCUUCAUCUCCAGCUGGAAUUGAGUCAUCAACAAACCGAUCUGUAGAACAAAGUCAGUCUGAUUUACUAACAGAGUCUGGUGUUGAAACCAGUCCAUCUCAUACUGAUAGACGUAUAGCUUCCUCACCAGCAAAGGAAAACACUGAUUGGAGUUUCCGACAUCCUGAAAUGCCAGGCCUCAUUCAACCUGUUCCCUUUAAACCUUCCACUACUACUACCACUACUGAUAUUAGCAUAGGUGCUCCUGAAGAAUUGAGUGCACCACUAUCUCCAACCUAUAGUUCUCCACGUGAUUCUGAUCAGGGUGGUAGUCGCUUUAAAUCAAAGUUUAGUCGGUAUAGGUUGGCAAGCCAUAUACAUGGUGAAAGUGAUACAGGCUCCAUAGCUGAUAGUAUUACUACCAUGGAGAGUACACAUACAGGAUCGGAUGAUGCCAUAGGACCAGAUUUACCUAGAUCAAUGAUGGGAUCCAGAACUGACAAGAGUCUACAAGGUGGUAUAUACAGUAAACCAGCCUCCAGUGUAAUACCAGAACAAGCUUUAUCUACUAUUGAAGAACGAUCAACUCUUGAUGAUAAGGUAUCAGGAGAGAGCAAUAGAAGUGAACAGUCUAUGGGUAAGAUACCAGUACAGGACACCACAGAUAGUGGUCUAUAUACCAUGACGUUAAGAAGUCAAGCACAUGAUACCCAACAGAAGACCACAAUGGCUGACUCCAAUCAAUUUGUAGAAACAAAUAAUGGGCAAAAUACCACACAUCAAAUGCAGCAAUCAGGUCUCAUGGGUAGCAAUUCCAUAGAUACUAGUAACCAAGGACAACAAGAUAAUGGCCGUCGCUCGCCUUUUGAUGAGAAAUACAGAGCCCUCCCACUUAAUGUUCAUCAAGGUCAAAGGUCAAGGUCACCAAGUUUUGAUGGUAGAAUGGAGAUGUCUGGGCGUCUGGACUCACAGAAUCCAGUUAUGUCCCUUGAACAAAAUCGACUUAUUUCAUCGGACUACCAAUAUCCUGUUCCCAGAACUAGUGCUGCCUCUUUGAUAGACUCACAGAAUCCAGUUAUGUCCCUUGAACAAAAUCAACUUAUUUCAUCGGACUACCAAUAUCCUGUUCCCAGAACUAGUGCUGCCUCUCUGAUAGACUCACAGAAUCCAGUUAUGUCCCUUGAACAAAAUAGAUUAAUGACAUCGAACUACCAAUAUCCUGUUCCCAGAACUAGUACUGCGUCUCUGAUGGACUCACAGAAUCCAGUUAUGUCCUUUGAACAAAGACAACCAAUGACGUCGGACUACCAAUAUCCUGUUCCGAGACAUCAAGACAGGAUAUUGUCCCCUGUUGCUAGGGACACAACCAGGCAGUCACAUACUCCUGUAGUUGUUGAUAUGAGACUGGAUGAAAGAAAUGGUAGACAGCAUCAACAGGUACCAUCAGAUGCCAUGGAUACCCAUCAAAAUUAUUAUGAAGAAGUAAGCAUGCCUUAUGAUAAUCCAAGAUCUCCUGUGCCUAUAGAUACAAGACAACAAUAUAUUGAGGAACAAAAUCGAAAGAAUCAGCGCAGGUCUCCUGUUGCUAUGGAUACCAGACAAGAGAUUGUGUCGCCUCGUACAGAUCGCCAGAGAUACAUUGAAGAGACGUAUUCUAGAGACAAUGCACUUCAGCAUUUGAGAGAAGAUAACCCAGUUCAACCCAGAAUUACUCAGACAGAGAAAAUUGGUCACACUGGAUCUCAAUCUAACACUGGACCAACAGAUGAAGUGAUAAUGAAAUCACGUAAAACAGAGAGAAGAAAACAAUCAGAAAGAAACAGACCCCAGUAUGGCCAUGAUUCUACGUCUGAGGAAGAAUAUCUACGCGGGUUGGAGAAAUCUCCACGAGGAGCACGAGACGUUCACUUGCGUCAAUCAUUAGAGGCCGAGAUCAGUAUGACACCACCCCAAGAUCUUUCCACCAUGUGGCCAAAAUAUUCCGAAAUUUAUCCCUCGGAAGCAGAGAGUCAAAUCAAUCCCACACAGACAGAAGUUUUCUCUGAAUUAGUAAACCAUCCCACACGACAACUCAUCUAUAAAUAUUUCAACGAACGGGAAAAAUCUCGACAAAUGAUUGAAAAUCGUAUCGCUAAAGAAAGAGAAUCGCGUCAUCAGCAGAGUGUACGCUCGGAUAAGUUCAAGGACUCAGACGAGCCGAUACCAUCCUCUAGUUUCGAGCAGAUGAAUGCCAGUUAUGGAGAGAUCCUCGAAGCAUUGGCAGCAGAAAGAGCGAAGAGACUCCGUCGAGAAACAAAAGCUAAAUCAAUGUCAAGGUCAGCUCAGAAAUCUGGGAAGUCUGAGAAGCAGAAACGUCCGGAAGCGGUUCCUGUUCAAAUGAUGGACAGCCAGGAUACUCUUUAUUCAAUACCAGAGGACCAGAGUUACGACACCCUAGCUGCUACCUCAAACAGCCAAUCACAAGACAGCCGCGAUAUGGAGUCAGCCAUUACUGACCCAAUGUCUACGCUAAAACAUAAAAUACGUCUUCAACGUGAGAAGAUAGAAAAGGAAAGACGAAGGGAGUUGAAAAGAAUGGAGAAACUAUGGAAACUAGAACAACUUCUAAAAGCCAAGAAUAGUGGAUUGAUUGGAAACUUCGUCUUGGAAAAUAACUUGAAUGCUAUUUCAUCUACCUCUACUGCAGCCUCGAUAUCAGAAUCCCAAGAUGCAUUGAGCUUGGAUUCGACCUUGACCUUAUCAUCCCACACAGAGUUAUCUGAUGAUAUUUCAACAACUAUAAAAGAUAGCAGCUACGAAGUCCAUAAAGCUAAGAUGAAUCGAAGUAGACAACAUGCAAAGGAUAAAUAUGAAGCUGCCUUACACCAAUUGUUGUCGUCAGGUUCAUCUGAGACGUUAACAGAGGGUGAGGACACACCAAAUUGGGCAAAGAAAGAAGAAAAAAGAAAGAAGGUGGACAAACCGAAAGAAACUUUGAGAGUUGGUAGUAAGGAAGUCAGAAAGCCAAGCAGAGGUUCAGAAGGCUUGAGAGAUCAUCAGGCUCGAAAACAAGCCAGAGCCACUGAAAGAGAGAAAACUACAAAAUCAAAAGAAAAAGGACGAAAAUUGAUAGAAACAAGAACCAAAUCACAACAAAGUUCUCCAUAUAAGGUGAAAGAUAGAAAACUCAAAUCACCAAAGAAACCAGAAUCAUUUGAAAUUUCUCCAGUGAAAUGGAACCAUGAGUCAACAAGAGUUACCUCCCCUAGUAAAACAUCCAAAAGUGCAGCUUUGUUAAAAGGCUUAUCUAGAAAUAUUUCACCAGUUAAAAAGUCCUCUUCCAAAUCAACGUACACGUCAAGAGAACCCAUGACAUUUCACCAUGACGAUACCUAUUACCGUACUCGCAGUGUUUCACCAGAAAGGCGAUGGCGUAACCGAGGCGUUCAAACAUCACCUAAAUUGAGAUCCAGAUCGUGUUCGCCAUCAUUUAAUGACACCCAAUUUAUUUCUCCAUCUGGUGGUAAAAAGAAGAAGUCAAAGCAUGGAAAUAAAGUGGUCUACCUUUCUCAUCUAUACAGCCCUGACUUUCAAGAGAAUCGUUCACCAAAACAUCGUCGUAAACAUCGAGAACAUAGAGAGAAACCGAAACCUGUCCCACCACCCAUAGCAUGGUAUGUCUCUGUGGACAACACUAUGAAAAGACCAGAACCAUUACAAGAACGUGUACCUGAUUCACAGACAGCUCCCCCUGUGAGACCGCGAGCUGUGUGGACGAUAGACGAUGAUCAUUUAAACUCUCCUGAAAUGAAGGAAGAAACACCAGAAGUCACACCACGAGAUAUUCGAUCAUCAGAAAUCAUUAUUGAUGGUGAACUGUUUAAAAAACCUUACGCCAUUACUUUACAGGAGGCAUUGAUAAAACAUAAAAAAGACUUUAUAUCCAAGUCUCGUGAAAGACAGAAGAGAAUUGCUCUAGCCACGGAACAUCGGCAGAUGCAGGAUUAUCUUCAGAUGGAACGAGACAGAAUAUUUGGUGAUAGAAAAAGAAAAGGCAAGAAGAUAGAAUAUCCAGAAUAUAAAGAUACUGUAUAUGGUCAACCCAGGAAGAAACUAUUUACCAAGAAAGAAAUGAAAGAAAUAACAGCCAGAUGGUAUCGUAAUUUACCAGAAGUCAAGUAUAGAGAGAGAAUGGAGAAAAGAAGACAACAGAAUCAAAUAAAUAGAUUGAAAGCUAUGGUCUUUAAUAGAAAAGUACAGAAUACUGUAUUACGUCGAGCUGGAGUUAUAGUUUAAACAGGACUAUAAUAUCUACCACUCAGAAUAUACUGAUAUUACCUCUACCGUCCAUCUAUAAUCACCACAUUAUACCACAAUAUACCACAAUAUUAUUAUUUAUUAUCACUGUUUGACACAGCUUAUUACUAUUAUCACUGUGUGACACCUUGUUAUAGCUUGGAAAUCAUUUGUAAGAUAUACAGGCACUUUGUGGAUGUAAAUCUCCACCUUAAUUCAUCUUGUAUUUUUAUUGGUAUAUCCAUCUUUGCCUGUCCAAGAAAAUAAAACUGGAAUGUCAAAAUUUAUUUCAUUCCCUUGCUUUGUGAAUUGUAUCCAUUUUGAUGAACUUUAUAAAGUUAGAUGUAAAACUCCCCUGUUUCCUAACUUUGUGGAUACAUAGCCCAAUAAAGUGUAACAAAGUAAGACAUAAUUGAACAACAAUUAAGUAAAAAUUGGGAGUGUUAUGUUUGAAUAUAACAGAUAUAAAGCCGACAAACUUAGAAAUUUUAAUAUUGAAUUUGUUGCUGUCAAAGCAUUAUGUGAAUCAUCAAGCUAUUGAUCUAAUAUUCACCAUCUUAUGUACUUAACUUUCUUACAAAUGAUUUCUAAUACUAUUUAGAUUGCACCCUAUAUUACCAUAGUGCCUUAUUUCCUGCCUUAAAUAUAAUAUAGUUCCUUGUAUUAUAUACCCUUAAUUCAUUUCCAGGUAACAAUUUAACAUGUCAGAUAUUUGGGGUAAAUUUUACAAAUCUAGCUUCCGAUGAUCUGAAUGGCCUUGUAUUUGAAAAAUUAUUGUUAUGAGCCCAUAAGAUAAAUGUUGUAGACUGUUGCCUAUAUCAUCUUACUUUAAAUUGUUAUUAAUUAUCUAUAUGAUUUAAAGAUCGGCUAGGUUUUUGAAAUAAAUGCCUAGAUAUUGACUAUUUCAUGAUGAAGUAUUGAUGAAAUUGGCAACAGGUUCUUGGGGUUUUCUGAAGUCAGUUUUUGUGAAAUGUACCCUAUAAUUCUAAUG